AUGAUCCAGUUAUCUUCCGAUGUCGGGGUGAAGCUAUGUGUAGGGGUAUUUCUUUUAAGCUCGCUUUUCCUUACUACCUCCUACAAGACUACAUUCGCUUUUGAUCGCCCUGUCAGUACAUCCAUCCUGGUCUGCUUCCUUACAGGGAUCACUCUUUUGGUAUGGAGUCGGUUUGUUACAUUGGGGUCGUCACCAUCGUCGCCAACAAGUAAACGGCCAAUUAUCCCUCUCGCAGAGCAAUUUGAGCUUCCUUCCCGCGCAUCAACCUCAUCUUUCUCACAGGGCGAUGUUGAAACUCGACCUCGGCUACGAUUUCAAUCGUGGUGGAUAAAGAUCGGUCUCUUGCUGGGAUUAUGUGGCUUGCGCAUCGAGUCAUUCCGCCAAGUAACUCGGAACACUGAAUGCGCGCCCACUGGAUACGCUUACGCUAUUCCUUUCGUUAUUUCGCUCUAUGACUACUGGCGCAACCAGCGAUCACGAACAGUGGACCGAUAUGUCCCUACCCAACGAUUCACAGAGGGGUUACUGCAAGUGGUCUACUCUGUUUCCCACCGGAGCUUCUAUUAUAUCACCCAAAGUCGCUCCAGAGGUUUAAUCGCAGCCGCCUUUUUGUCUACUGGUGGGCUCUUGGCUUCAUCGUUCUCGGCCGGGACCCGGUCAACCUAUAUCUGUCCUAUUGUAUUACAUGGCGCAUCGCGUCUACGAUCAUACAAGCUGUUCAAUCUGUUUGCUGAUUCUGUUAUACUUAUCGGUGUCACAGAACUCUGUCGGACUGGUGCUCAAUUUGAUGAUGCGCGCAGAAAACGAGCAUUGACGUACCUUGGAGCUGGUCUCUUGGGUCUCUCUUUGGUCUGGAGUAUUGUAAAAGCCCUGGUAUCAUUACCAGAUAGCUCUCCCGAACUUGCCGGUCAACCCAUGUUGGAUCUAGAGUAUUCGCGCGGCGCCUUCAGCCAGUCUGUGUUGGUUGUACUACUGGCCUUGUCGGCCUGGCAUAUGCUGCCGCAUUUCGAUAUCCUUGGGGUGUCAAUUCUAGGCGGUUUCAUGAUCAUAUACUUCUCCUGUUUAUCAGCCCUCACCGGAGGACAGUCACCCUUCCCAUUUAUCUCCCUAACUUAUGCUGUUCUCCCGCUGGCUGCAUCUUUGACGGGUGCCAUCCUCUUUCUUCUUGCGCGGGUGGUUCAUAACGAAGAGCCGAAAUUAUACCGCACUAACGUUGCCAUACAAAUAUUUUUUACCGUGCUUUGUGGGAUCAGUCUCGUUUUUGCAGUGAGCAAGCAUCGCCUUGAUGAGAUACACCCGAUUGAGUUCCUCAUCAACGAUAGCAAAAUUCAACAUGACAGCUAUCUCGCUCAGGCGUCUAGGAGCAGGACUCUUGGAGCUGCGGUUACCGAAUACCGGAGGCGAUAUAACCAGCAUCCACCACCGGGGUUUGACGAAUGGUAUCGAUAUGCCACUAGCCGAUCAUCAGCUAUCAUCGAUGAAUUCGAUCAGAUAUACCAUAAUUUACUUCCCUUCCGAGCCCUGGCUCCGGAGCACAUCCGCGCAAUGACGCACGAACUGGCCACCAACCCUUUCAAUGAUCUGGGUGGAAUUAAGAUUCGCAACGGCACAGCCAUGGUGCAAGAGGGCAUCAAACCGACCCAUGCGUGGAUGGUAAAGGGUGCCGCGGAUAUGAUGGAAAAUUUCGUCAAAUACCUCCCUGAUAUGGACUUGGUGUUCAAUCUAAAUGAUGAACCACGUGUUGCAGUUCCUUGGGAGAAAAUAUCGAUGUUGAAUGGGCAGACUGAGAUGCAAGUAAUGAUCCCCGAAGAGCGUAUGGUGCGGACUUGGUCGACCAACCGAGAGGAAGGCUGGGCCCCGAUUGAGCCGGCUGAUCAAACCAACAUCACCGUGUUCACCGACGGAGCCUGGAGGGGCGUCUUCGACCCCUAUGUGAGCGCUGUCUGCCCGCCUUCAUCCAAAGCACGCUCUCAGCGAAUCUGGAAUCGUCGUGAAAUCUGCCUGUCAUGCAUAGCUCCUCAUUCCAUAGGCCAAUUCCCCCUAGAUUUCAACAUCGCCUCCGAAAUCUGCCACCAACCCGACCUUGCCUUCCUCCACGGUCUCCUAAUCUCCCCAGCCUCUUUCAAGGUAUCACAAGAACUCAUCCCGGUAUUCAGCCAAAGCGCCCUGACCGGAUUCAACGACAUCCUCUUCCCAAGCCCAUGGAACUACAUCGACAAGGUAAAAUACCAACCCACAUACGAACACCCAGAUCCAGAAUACAACAAAAAAGAAAACUCCCUCUACUGGCUCGGCAGUACAUCAGAAGGCGUCAGCCGCUUCGGCGAAUGGAAAGGAAUGCCACGCCAGCGCUUCACCCACCUAAUAAACAACAACACCAACAACCAAGUCUCCGUCCUCCUCCCAACAGACUCACACGAAAACUCCUUCCGCUACGAAAUAAUGGACGGCAACGCCCCCACCUCAGACCUCCAUCUCCAAACCUCCGUCCACCUCGCCGACCCACUCGUCCGCUGCGAAGACUGCGCCGAGCAAGCUGCGGAAAUGGGAACCACUGGCUGGGCGGAUUUCCAAGCACACUGGUCACACCGUUUCCUAUUUGAUCUAGACGGCGCUGGCUUCAGCGGCCGCUUCCUCCCUUUCCUGCGCAGCCGUAGCUUGCCCCUCAAAACAGGUCUGUUCCGUCAGUGGUUCGACUCCCGUGUCACCUCCUGGCUGCACUUUGUUCCUGUUGAUAUUCGUCUCCAUGGACUGUGGAGUACGCUUGCGUACUUUGCAGGUGUGGCGGCUCCUGGGUCCGAUAGUGCUUCUAAUCCCCAGAUGCGUAUGAAGGCGCAUGAUCGAGAGGGGAAGUGGAUUGCGGAGGAAGGGCGGAAGUGGGCGAGUAAGGCGUUGAGGAAGGAGGAUAUGGAGAUUUACUUUUUUCGGUUGCUUUUGGAAUGGGGUCGGCUUACGGAUGACCAACGCGAUGUUCUUGGAUUUGGUCGUUGA